GAUUGUGAUUGCUCCACCUAAUAAGAAACUGGCUGAGUUUAAUGUGGAUGUCUCGAAGGAGUCUUCAAUCUCAAUGGUACUAUGUGGGAAUGUUAACCAAAAACAAAUUGGAUCUUCAAAUAGAGAAGAAGAACCUGUGCUGGUAAUAAAUUAUACAUCAUCCUCAGAAGAUAAUGAAAGAAGAAUUAGGCACUUUAAAUUGUACCGGGCUGCACUUAAAGGUGAUUGGAAUACAGCUGAAAGAAUUUACGAGGAAGAUAAAGAUUAUAUAGCAGCUAAGCUAUCAAAGGAAAGAGACACCGCUCUCCAUAUUGCAGCUGCAGCAAGGCACACUGGUUUUGUGAAAAAGCUGCUUGAACAGAUCCAAAUGGAGGAUUUAACUAUCAAAAAUAAUGUUGGCAACACAGCUUUUUUUCUUGCUGCUGCCUCCGGAGAGGUUGACAUUGCUGAGGCCAUAAUGGAGAAACAUGGAGACUUAGUGAUGAUUCGAGGCAAGGAUGAUAUGUUACCACUUCACAAGGCAGCUCUUAUGGGAAACGAAGAGAUGGUAGAAUACCUUUAUCAAGCCACUGGAUACAAUAUUAGGAUCAUGAUAAUGAUCUCAUCGAAUUCCUUGUCAGUCUGA